AUACCCAGAAUAGUGACAACCUUGCUAGAUUCUUAGCCUCUGCAGCAACUAAUGCAAAGCCAGCUGGUAGAUACAUUUCCAACGAUUAUUUGAAAGCUUGAACAUGGGGUAACUUCCCGGGAGUCACUAAACCAGCAACUCGUAACCUGGGCCGGCGAAGCGUGAUGGGUAUAAAAACUGGACUCCGUCCUUAGUAUUUUCCCAGAUAACCUUUCUCUGAUAAUUAGUGAUAAAAUAAACCCAGAAAUCCUAUUGUUACCUUUACCCCAGUGAUAUAUAGAAUCCAAAUAAAAUAUAAUCCGAUAAGUACAAUGUCCCACGCUUAUAACGAAAACGAAAAAAACCCAGUUCCAGAUGUCAGCCGUACCUCCAUCGGCUCCUCCAGCUCUGUCGGCCGUGCUUACAGUCAGACACAGUUUAAAGAAGACGAACACAACGAUAUCACCCGCUGUGUAACUUCCUCUGACGGUGAGUACGUUUAUUUAGGCCAUCAGAAGUUCAAGAGAUCAGAAAUCGCCACUGCCUUCGCCGGUACAUUCAAUCCUGGUUUACACCUCGUAGGGAAGCAACGGUCGUAUGCCAACCCCGCUCCCUUAGGUUUGGCCGGGGUGUCAAUUCCAACCAUUGCCCUUGGGAUUAUGCAGCUCGGAGGUGGCGGACUCGGAAAUACCAAUGUAUUAGCAGGUGCUGGGAUGUUCCUUGCAGGGAUCUGUUUAAUGCUUUCGGGGAUGUGGUGUAUGUUCUUAGAAAAUACUUUUGGUGGUACAGUGUUUACGGUGUUUGGUGGUAUUUGGUUGAGCUAUGGGUACGUGAUGGCUCCAUCAUCCGGAAUUGUGGCAUCCUAUGCAUCCAUUGAGGAUUUCCAGCAUGCUAUGGCAGCAUAUGUGGCCACCUGGACACUUUUUGCGUUCAUGUGUUGGGCAUUGACUUUCAAAUCCACGGUUAUGUUCUGUACUCAGUUUAUGUGGAUCAGUUUUAUGUUUCUUACUGCAACUAUCCAGUUAUACACUAACUCCAAAGCUUGGCUUAAAGUCACGGGUGUCUUUUCUCUCUUGAACGGUGCGUUCGGAAUGUAUAAUAUGUUUGCAGGUAUGGCUGACGAAACCAACUCUUAUUUUGUUAUCAAGCCUAGAUUUAUGCCAGGUGCCCAGGUUCCAACCGAGAUAGAGCAAUAAU